UUUCAGGUCUGGUGUUCUUUGUGGUGAUCGUGGUGCUGCUGUCCAUAUACCGGAAAGAACCUCACUGCUGCAAGGACACCCAUGGAGACAUGGAUGCCCCUCCUCAGUACAGCAGCAGACAGACACUGGUGGGAAACCCCUGUCUGGAACAGACUCACGACAAUACACACUCACAGUCAGGGCAGCUGUUCCUUAUCGGCCUGCCCUCCAGCUACCGCCUGCCCUCCCUGGAGGCGCCCCUCCCCAGGCUGCCCUCCUACGAGAGUGUCAGGAAGAAGGACCGCCAGAGACAGAUACACAUGAUGAUCGCUGACCGUUUCGGCCUCAACGGCUCCAUGCUGACUGAGCCCCCUCCAACGUAUGAGGAGAGCAUCCGCCACUCCAUUGAAGUGCCCUUUGACAUUCUGAGGUCUGUAAUAGACACCCCUCAUCCCCAGAACAUUUACCCUCCGCACACUGGCACAGACCUUACCACUCAGUCAGAGGUAACCACUCAGUGCCCAUCCACUCAGGAUGCCAACAGUGCCACCCUACCAGUCUGAAUCCUCAGACUCGCUACUGACACACGAUGACAAGGACAACUGGAGUAUUGAUGCUUUUUAUCCACCUUGAUGUGCCAAACUGGUCAGAGGAUAACAGACAGGGGAAAUGCACACAUUCUCCAUAGGUUGAAUCAGACCCAGCAGCCAAUGGGUUGACUGUACUGUAGGAACAUCCUGCAGUGACAGUAUGCUGGAAGAUAGUGAAAUUCUACAUUGUGGGUUACUCCAUACUGACAAACUUGAAUGUCUAAACACCUCUUGUCAGUUGUGAUUUUAAACUGGAGCCUAAAUAAGACUGAUGAACUGGGAAGACUUGGAUUGCCAUUCUUCAGUGAAAAGGGAAACCGUCCUGUAGAUGACCAAUACCAUGACUAUAUGUGUCUGAGGUGGCAGGUUCUAAUGCCAAAGUUAACUGUAAGAGGAGACAGGCCAGGUAGAAAGACACUCCAUGACAAAUGUGCUGCUGAAAAACAAAGACCAUUUUGCUGUGAACAGAAAAAGCACCAAAAAGGAUGAACGAUCUUUAGAUUUAAAAAAAAUGUUUCUCAUAUUUUCUACAUUUGAUCAUUUUAUGGAUUAAAGUAAUCUGGAUGAUUGUUUUUUGGGGAACUGUGUUGUAGCGAGUCGUUUUCUGAGUAAAACCACUCUCCUCUUUUAGUGCAAUGUCUGAGCCAAAAACGUAUAAGCGUGAGUUGUAAAAUGCUCCUAUGUCCUACCCUGCUGAACUUGGGUUGUACAGUUGAGCCAGCUACAAUUUGUGUGUUAGUCUUGGAACCUGUGAAGAGUGAGUCAACAACACCAAUCAUGUGUUGGCUCUGGUAACGGGUCUUAAAAGCCCAAUGCAGCCGUUUUUUUUAUAUCAAAUCAUUUAUGGGUAACAAUAAUGUACCUUACUGUAAUGGUUUUCCAUUAAAAUGAUCUAAAUUGUUUUUUUUGUUGCUUUUAAGCGUUAAACGUUUUAACAAGCAAUAAUUGUGGUCUGAGUGGGGAGGAGAAAAGGGAAAACUAGUUGUUAUUGUUAGAGAGGUUUGGAACUCUUUAUUAUUAAUCUAUUAACUCAUUUACCACCUGGUGAUGUCACCAGGCAAGACAAAACUCCACCCAUGCAAAACCUGCUGGGUAGAAGGUCCUUUGUAGAAUGUAUUUUCAACCAGGAAAUAAUACUGAUCAAAUCUUGUUAGUUUCAUCAGCUGUUGUACAAUAUGAUGCAAAACACAAACUGAAUUUUUACUGCACGGGGCCUUUAAGAUACAAUUCAGCAUUGGGAUUGUGGGAAGCGGUAAGGAGCUAGCUUUGUUUAUUCAAGACCUCUGUGAACAGUGAAUGAGAAUAGUUGUGUAAAAAGCUUAUUUUUUGUUGUUGAUUAACUGGGCUGCCUGUUUUAACAGUCCCUGCACAAGCUUGAGAAGAAACCAGUAUGAAUGACAAGAAAAAGUAUGUAAUAUUUCCCUCACAUAAUGUCUGAAACAAAAGUAUGUAAUAUUUCCCUCACAUCAUGUCUGAAACAAAAGUAUGUAAUAUUUCCCUCACAUAAUGUCUGAAACAAAAGUAUGUAAUAUUUCCCUCACAUAAUGUCUGAAACAAAAGUAUGUAAUAUUUCCCUCACAUAAUGUCUGAAACAAAAGUAUGUAAUAUUUCCCUCACAUCAUGUCUGAAACAAAAGUAUGAGGUUUCAACAGCCGUUAGCAAGUUCUAUUCAAAAGACAUAAAUUCCUGUCUGUCACGUAAACUAAUUGAGAUGGUGGUGGCUUCUAGAUAAAGACAUGUUUAACAUAGA